GAAUGUUCUGGGUGGGAGCCGCCCUUCAUCUUAGAGAACCCAGUGCCUCCUGCCUGAAAGAAGGGGGCUCCGAGCCAUCCAAAAUUCAGCACAGUACCCGCGAUGCCGCCCAUUUGGACACCUAUUCCGCCCGACCUACACCAGCCCGCUUGCUCCUGCAGCCGUCGGCAUGGGCUCUCCGAUUGGACAGUUUAAGGGAGGUGUGGCCGGAAGAGGCGAGUCUCAUUGGCAGAGGCGUGACCGACGGUGUGUGCGGAACAUGGCGGAGCGCGGGAGGAAGCGGCCCUGCGGCCCGGGUGAACACGGCCAAAGGAUUGAGUGGCGAAAAUGGAAGCAACAGAAGAAAGAGGAGAAAAAGAAAUGGAAGGAUCUCAAGCUGAUGAAAAAACUGGAGCGGCAGCGGGCACAGGAGGAACAGGAAAAGCGCCAGGAAGAGGAGGAGGCAGUGGCAGAGAAGGAGGACCGCGGGCGGCCCUACACACUGAGCGUAGCCCUGCCGGGCUCUAUCCUGGACAAUGCACAGUCGCCGGAGCUUCGCACCUACUUGGCCGGUCAGAUUGCCAGAGCCUGUGCCAUCUUCUGUGUGGAUGAGAUCGUGGUGUUUGAUGAGGAGGGCCAGGAUGCCAAGACUGUGGAGGGGGAAUUCACAGGAGUUGGGAAGAAGGGGCAGGCGUGCAUACAGCUGGCCCGGAUCCUGCAAUACCUGGAGUGUCCGCAGUACCUGAGGAAGGCAUUCUUCCCCAAGCACCAGGAUCUACAGUUUGCAGGGCUCCUGAACCCCUUGGACAGCCCCCACCACAUGCGUCAGGAUGAGGAAUCCGAGUUCCGAGAGGGCAUCGUGGUGGAUCGGCCCACCCGGCCAGGCCACGGCUCCUUUGUCAACUGUGGCAUGAAAAAGGAGGUGAAGAUUGACAAGAACCUGGAUCCCGGGCUUCGGGUGACCGUGCGACUGAAUCAGCAGCAGCUCCCAGACUCUGUCACCCCUCCAGAAUGCAAGACCUACCGUGGCAAAGUGGUGUCAUCGCAGGACCCUCGCACCAAAGCUGGUCUCUACUGGGGCUACACCGUCCGACUGGCUUCCUGCCUCAGUGCUGUGUUUGCUGAGGCCCCCUUCCAGGAUGGGUAUGACCUGACCAUCGGGACGUCAGAGCGCGGCUCAGAUGUGGCCUCUGCCCAGCUUCCCAACUUCAGGCAUGCUCUUGUGGUGUUCGGGGGCCUCCAGGGUCUGGAAGCUGGAGUGGAUGCUGACCCCAACCUGGAGGUGGCUGAACCCAGUGUCCUCUUUGACCUGUACGUCAAUACCUGUCCUGGCCAGGGUAGCCGUACCAUCCGCACAGAGCCACGUGCAGCUGGAGCCUUCCUCCUGGGCCUCAUGGAACCUGCGUACCCACUUUUGGAGUCAGGCAUGGGACGCUGUGCUUCGGGAAGUCUGCUGGGAAGGCUGGUACACCCAUCAGUCUCGCAGGGCCGACAGCCCUCUACCCAUCCCUACGGCCUUGCCCAAGCCAAGCAGUCUGAGCCUGACAGCUAUACCCCCCAGCAAGAACCCUGGCUCCCACCCUUUCAACCCCUGCAUGAGGGGUGAGAACUUCUUGCCCCUCUCCUUGCCCUCCCCUGGCCCUGGGAGGUGGGCAUUGUUACCUUCACCCCCAUUUUACAGAAGAGGAGCCUGAGGAGCAGGCUGUGUAGUCCUCUAGGUGGCAAGUGUGCAGUGUGAAACUGGGCCUGUCAUUAACCUCACCAGGCCCUGCUAAGGACAGGGGACCCCAGUGGGCUGGGUCUUGGGCAGCCAGGCACUGAAGACAGGCUGGGAGCGGGGACACCCCCUAGCCUCCCAGGCCCCAGCCCACUGCCACACUUCUCUUCCAGGAAGCCAUCCUCAUCUCCCUGGCCGCCCUGCAGCCUGGCCUCACCCAGGCGGGUGCCCAGCACACCUGAAAGUUCUAAGGGGCCCAGGACAGCAGUGAAGCAGCAGUGAAACCAGGGGCUCUGCAGGUCACUUGGGACGGACACCACCAGACUUGUCUCCAAAAGUUACCACCUUUAAUACGCCCAGCCUGCACACACCCACAGUCUCGCUGGGCUCCACCCUCACUUACUACCCGCCGUGAUGGCCUUGAGGCUGCCUGCCCGCGCCAGGAUGUUUGGCACAAAGAGCAGCCCCGAAGCCCGCUCGACGCUCUCGAUGGGCACCAGGAAGCGCUCCAGUGGGAUGGCCUCAUCCACAGGUGCGUUGGGCAUCACGUAGGAGCGGAGCUCAGUUUGCCCACCUGCUGCCUCCAGGAUCAGCACCUUGAAGAAGUGUGUGGGCACUGCCACGUGGUUCUUGCCAAUGACCUGGUACUUUACGUAGGAUUUCCCAUCAGCCUCUGUCCUGUGGGCAGACCCAGGCACACGUGGGCAGGGGGCCUGGAUGAAGCCAAGGCCACCUCUUCCAGGGAGCCUUCCCUGAUCUGUCCUCUAACUUCUGUCAACCUGCAGGACCACUCCCUCACUGUGAGACUUCUGUAGCCUGCCUGGCUCCUCCUUGAGGCUGGAACUCUCUCCAGGGUGGUUAACUCUUUCCCUCUGUUUUCCUUAUGCCCAACACUGGGUCAGGCAGAGUGGGCGACAAUAAAUGCUGCUAGAAGAA